AUGCCAUCAAUAGAGACGGUGGACAUCUAUGAUCUUCUCUUUGACUACGCUCGAAAGUUCCCGUUCAAUGAGAAGGUGAAAAAGCGCAUUGAUUUUGAUAAACUGGACGCCUCUUGCGUAGUGGAGGCAAAACUCCGAAUUCGCAAUCUCGCCUCACACCACGAAGAGAAUGCCUGUCCCACCUCUACCGCCAUGAGCGCCCGUCCUCGCACCUGCAUCAUCUUCUCAUCUACCUUUGACAAUUCCACCUCGUCCGAACAGACACAUAGCCUGCGAGCUGAGAAGCGUACCACUGCAACGUGUCGUCUGCAGCUCACAAAAACAGUUACGCGUAAUGGGAACAUUAGUCUGCAGAUCUCUCCGCCCAACACCAUGAUCCAAGCCAAUGGAGGUUUCUCAAGGGAGAAGACCAUCACGUCUGAAAAGGAGGAGGUGAUGGAGGAGGAGCUUUGCUGGUCUCUUGACACCCAGGUUGUAAUUCAACCCGGUCAUCGGACGAAAGCUGAUUUUGUUAUCACUGAGGGAAGUUACAGUGGUACGUUCAAGGUCGAUACAGUGUUCGAGGGCAAGAUAUCUGUAAUUCUUCGGAACAAACGUAAACAACCGGUCACAAUGCUCAACAUUGACGAUAUGAGAGUUUUCCUGAAGCCGGAGAUGGGCUUCAGACCUGUGCCAAACGGGAAGCCGGGAUCGGUGGUGUUCACAAAUGAGGGAAUUUGCAACUGCAGCUACGGCAUCGAACAGCACGUAGAAUUACGGGAAGAGAAGCUCUAA